AUGGCGUACAACUACCAUUUCGACAUCGCGACUUCUUCUAGGGGCAAGGUUCGUCUUUUUUUCUGAAACUAGAACUUGGAAAGUUCAUCUAAUUUUCAUUCGUGCUUAUUUUAAAAAUUUAUGGAAAAGAGAGUUUUUUUUCUUCGAAAUAUCAAGAAAUUGGAUGUAAUAAAAUACGCAAAAAAACUAUUAAAAAGAGAUUGAUCUUUCAUUUUUCAGAUCCUGCUGAAGCUUAUCUUUAAAUGGAAGUCUUCAAUUUGGAAAGCAGUUUAUGGGUUGGUUCAUUUCAAACUUGCAACUAUGAAGUUUAUUUUUUGGACGAGUUUUAAAUAAAGUCAGAUGGGGUUUCGGUCACGUCAGGAACUCAAUCUUUCUGAUAUUUUCUGGAGUUUUUAUGAUUUUUAUUUUUAAUACUCUGAUGUAGUUUUAGCUCAGAGAAAAAACCAAAGUUUCAGAAACUUUCAGAAAUAUUCAAUCCCUUACAAGAAAGUUGUGACCAAGUCGCGUUUUUCAUUAUUUUUUCUGACGAUGUAGUCUGUGUGCCCCGACUUGAAAUUUCACGGAACGACAUUCCGCUGUUCCGCUGCGUGCGUUCGCGAAGCGUCUUUCGAGUCUAGGUCACGUUUUCAAUUGAUUUUUAUCGCUCUAGGUACAAAUUAAAGUGGAGUACCUUAAUAAAAGAAAAAAAAAUCAAAAGUGCGACCUAGGAUCGCAAAAGCGCGCAGCGGAACAGCGGAAUGUCGUUCGGUGAAAUUCCAAGCUGUGGUACACAGGCUAUAAGUUACAAUUUUUUUCUAAUUUUUUUUUCUAUUUUUUUUCUAGUUUUUUUUUAAAGAAUUUUUUUCUGAUUUCAGAGAACUUAUCGUCUGGUGCUUCCUCUACUUUUUCAUCUCCAUCAUUUAUCGAUUCGCCCUCAAUGAAAAGCAACAAGAGUGAGUUUCUUUAGAGAAACGUCACUAGGCAUUAUCGGUAGAAGAUCCAAAAAUAGACUGGUAAUCUGAAAAUUUUAUUACUUUUCCGCUGGUUACUGAUUCUCACGAUAUCAGCUCCUGGAAAUGGAACGAGGAAAUUUCAAAUAAUAAUGAAUUUUCAUAUUUUUUCGAUUCAAAACGGUUCCAAUCAGUUAUGAGAUCAUAAAAAUAAAAAAAAAUAAUGAAAGCUCUAUCUAUUUUAUGUCAUUUUUCAGUGGAUUCGAGCGAUUCGUACUGUUCAUUAAUAAGCGAAUGGGGUACAUUCCAGUCAAUUUUAUGCUCGGAUUUUUCGUCACGAUUGUCAGUAACAGAUGGACCACGCAGUUUGGAAACUUGGGGAUGAUUGACAAGUAAGAAAAAAUUGGAAAAUUAGGAAAAAAAAAUUUCAGCAUUGCUCUGUUUACAUCGGCCUACGUCAAUGGGAGAGAUGAAAGAUCAAGAAAUAUCCGGAGAAAUAUUGUUAGGUGAGUAUGAAAAUCAGAAAUUUUACGAAAAGGUGAUAGAAAAAGCUUAGAAUAUUUUUAAGCUUAUAUCCUUCAUUUUUUUCUUUCCACCUUUUCUGGUCUUUUUUCUAAAACCUAGGAGCCUCCCCUACAUUCUUUUUAUUCCUGUUAAUCUUAAUAAAUCUAGCGACCGCAAAGCCCCGCCCCUUUUCGCGAGGGAAAAAAGGCCAUUUUUUUGGUAUUCCGUUUUUGAUUGUUUCGUACAGCCGAUAGAAACAAUGAAAAAUGAUGAAAAUUUAAGCAUACAUGUAGAAAAGGUUCCUCUUUCCGUUGAAAAGGUUUUUAGGUACUUUCCAUGUGUUUCAACGGAGUGUCGUACGGAAUAGUGACGCGAGUUCGAAAAAUAAACUUAGUUUUGCGUUUUGAUAUUCAUAUAGGUCGCGGACAAAGUUGAUUUUUUGAAAACUACUUAUAAACAGUAAAUUAAAUUGUUUAAGCCCAAAAAAUAAAACUUCUAUGAUCGCCGAAAAAAUUGAGAGGCGCGCAAAGUCAAAAAUUGUUUUCUCAAUUGCAAUGCAGUAUUGGAAGAUGUUUAUGCUUUUUUCAUAUUGAGAAAAACAUUGCUCAAAUAAUACUUGUUGACAACUACAAGCAAAUGUACUGCUUUGAGUGGUAAAAAAGCUGGAGAAUUUUUUGCGAGUUGUUUUGAAACAUUUCCCGGUCGAGGACACGCGUUUCUUCCUACUCAUUUAUAAGAGUUUUUAAUUUUCAAACAAACAAAGCAAUAAAAUCAAAAAUUCAAGAUCGCCGAAAAAUUUUUCUUAAAAAAAAAGGUGAAUAAAAGUAGGCGAAAUUACAUUUUUAUGGGAUUCAAAGAGCACAGUAGGCUGUCUUUGUGCAGUCACUGAGACGAAAAUGAUGAUAAAGUGGGAUUACAGCUCGUAAAACCUUCUCUUUUGGCUCCUGAAACCGUGCCGACCUUGCAAAUAAGGGUGCGCGCAGAUUGCAUGCGAAUUCGCAAAACCAAAAUUUCAGUGCAAAAAGUUUUGCUUUUCGAUUACUUUUAAAUAUUGUUUUCUCCUCUUAAUCUUAAUAUUUUUCGUUUUUCUUUUCUGUUUUCGCAUACUACAUGUUAAAAUCAUUAUUUUUAUAACAAAAACGAGGAGCUAGCUUAAGUUCGAAAAAUAGGUCUGUGGUCCCUAAAUAAAUCAAUAAAAAGUCUUUAAAAAAACUUUAUAGGUACUGUGUCAUGUCCCAAACGAUGGUCUUCCGCGACAUCCAUUUCGGAGUCCGAAAAAGGUUCCCAACAUUGGAAACCAUGGUUGCCGCCGGCAUAAUGAUGCCCCACGAACUCCACAAGUUCAACGACGUCAAGACCAGGUAUCCAAGUUCGACUCCUCCCCACGUUUUUGCCAUUUUCAGAUACGCCAAGUACUGGUUAGGAUUCAACUGGGCGCUUCAUUUGCUCAAUUUGGCCAAGAAAGAGGGAAGAAUCGAUGGCGAUAUUCCAAGAGACGCUGUUGCUCAGGUUGGCUCACCUUAUAAAUUAUUCUAUGAAGGGAUUCAGGAAAUUCGAACCUUCAGGACGGGUCUUUCACUUAUUUGGACUUAUGAUUGGGUGCCGCUUCCACUUAUGUGAGAAACUUCAAGUUUUGAUGAAGAUUUAAAGAUUUCUAGGUAUCCUCAACUCGUUUUCAUGGCUGUCCACUGCUAUUUCUUGCUUUGUCUGAUUGGCAGACAGUUCAUUAUCCGACCAGAAGCCGUCAAUUCAACCGAGGUUCAAGCUUUGAAUCUCAAGUUGAAGAAGAGCUUCUCCAGAUCGACUUGUGGAUUCCGUUCAUGACAAUCAUCGAGUUCCUUUUCUACAUGGGAUGGCUUAAGGUUUUUUCCGGAAACCACGGAAAUUUUAAGCUUCUCCUUGAUUAGGUAGCGAUGGACCUUCUGAAUCCGUUUGGAGAAGACGACGACGAUUUCGAUUGUAAUUUCUUGAUCGAUAGAAACUUGACAGUUUCUAUGGCGGCCGUUGACGAUUCUUAUGACGAUCUUCCGGAGAUCAGAAAAGACAUGUUCUGGGAUGAUACCGUAUCUCCGCUUUAUUCCUCCGAAGCCGCUCAAAAGAACGUCAACUUCUACAUGGGCAGUGCUACGAAUGCCGUGUGAGUUUUGGAAAUGAUGAUCAGAGCAAAAUUGGGUUCAAACAGCGAAGAAAGAUGUUUAAAAUCAGAAAAAAAGGGUUCAAAACAAUGGAGAAAACUUCAGACAAGAAAAAUGAACAAAAUUGUGCCAAAAAUACUGAAAAGACACUUAUUUGAUAUUUAUUGUCCUGUAUAAUAUCACAUACAUUGGUUUCAAUUUUUUAAUUCUUUGAUUUUGAAUACAUUUUACCGAAGUUUUCUAAAACUAUAUAUCAAAAAAUCAUUGCUUAAAAAAUUUUUUUUGUUCUGAAAACCUUGAAAAGAGAAGCCGCUUCGACUGAAACUUAUUUACCUUUUUUCAUUCAAACUUUCGCAGACUUCCCGAAGUCACCGAAUACACCAUGGUACCACAUCCGACCAAUGAGAGACACGAUAGAUACGCUAAAAAUCCGGCGAGAAGAACUGGAACCACCACAGUUUCUGUCGUCAAAAACGAUAGGUAUUCCCUUUUCUCUGAAAUGAACAGUUUUUCAAUCUUCUUUUCCAGAUCUCCACCGAUGCAACGGAAAAAUUCGACGACAAGCGUUCUUGGCACGACCAUCAACAAUUUGUUCCGACGGCGGACGUCAAAGUUUGUCUUUUGGGGCACUUUUAUCACCUGCGAAAUUGCCACCUUUCAACCUGCUUGAUAGUUUGAACGAGAAAAAAGAUUAGAGGUCAAGUAUAUGCGAAGAUUCACAGAAGAUCACGUGAUUGAGAAAUGAAAUGAAGCAAACUGCAAAUAUUUUGGGAAAAAUUUAAUUUCAUCACUUUAACAGCUCAUUAAUAAAAUAAAAGAAAUUUUAAUUUUUAGGUGACUAAAGGUUGUACAUCAACAUCUAGCAAUGCAACAUAACGACUUGAUAAUGAGAAAUAUUCUAAUACACAAAUUUGAACAAGUUUCUUGAAGUUUCCAAAAACAGGAUGAACACAAUGAAAUUAAACACGUUAAGUAAUAUUUUUUGAAACACUUGCUAAGCGCUACGAUAUUUUUCAAGAUCGUAUACAAAUUUCAUGAUGCUUUAAAGGCAAAAAGUAAUAUUUUACAUACUAGCAAAUACUUUCGAACAUGCUAGAUAUAAUCAAAAAAAGAAAAAAAGAACUUCAAAAAAACUUUUUUUAAAAAAAUUUUUGAAAAAUUUUUGUUGAACUGCCGGUGCUCGCGUAUCGCGUAUCAAUGUCGUACAGUACGCUUGCUUACCGUAACAUAUCAGAAAAUGUUUUUCGGAGCUAUUUUCUGCCAAAUUUAUAGAUUAUCAGCUUUUCCAUGUACUUUGCUCCAAAAUUUCGCACGAGGCGAUUUUUAACGCUUGAUUUUUGUCCAGUCGGCACAUCAAAAGAAUUCCACGGUUGUUCCAUUUUUUAUCAUGCUUCAAAAUUUAGACAAAUGCUAUUUUUGGGGUAUGCGUUUAGGAACAAGGGAUAUUUCGCUAUGGUUUUAAAAAUAAUUUUUUUGAUGCUGAUCUUUGACUUUUGAAAAAAAAAUUCGUGUUGGAGCAACCGAAGAAGAAAUAUCAAAAAUAAUUUUUACAGUACUCUGGACCUUCCGAAUGGUUACGGUAGAGAUCGAUGCUCUUCUGAAAUCUCAAACCGACAAGAUCAUUUGUCGCCCAACUACACCAAUCCCACUUUUCUCGUAGAAAUGGGUGAGUUUUUUUCUUUUUUAUUUGAAAAUAUAAAUAUGAUUUUGCAGAUGGGGAAGACGGUUUGAAGCCUAGUGUCGACAACACAAAACGAGGUUUUUUUUUAAAUGAAUGACUUUUUUGGUGAAAGGGUAUUUUUUAAGGCUUCUGUCAAUUAAAUUGUUUUUUUCCAAAUUGAAGAGCUUAAUUUUUCCAUACACCGGACUUCGAAAAAGUUAAAAAUUCUCGUCUUUUCCAGAAAGCGUGACGAGCUUCAGCCGCUCGAAAUCCUUCAACCAUUCCGCCGAACAUCCCGAUUACCAAAAGAAGUACUAA